CAGGUCCGUUAUACUGUGGCAAUACCCAAGAGACUUGAAAACACAAAUUAAAUAUCCACCAAGAGUGAAGCAAGAACAUAAAGACCAUCCACCCCAAACUGGUGUCUUACUUGGAAAUACAAAUCCACCAGCAAAUAAAUAUUCUAACGCGGUUUGCCUGAUAAAAGUUCCAGGUGUGAGCACAAAGCCCUUGGGGUGAACGUCAUUAUGAGUGAGGUUGUUUUAGGUAACACCUCUGUGGAAAUAAAAUUAGGUGACAUCACUUCUGAAAGUACUGAUGCCAUUGUUAAUCUAACUAAUGCAACAUUGGAUCAAGACUUUGGUGUAUCCAAAAAUAUUCUUGCAUCAGCAGGACCUAGGGUAAAGGCAGAAUGUGCAAGUUUAUGUAAAUUUCUCAAUGACGGAUGUGUGGUGACUGGUGCUGGAAAUCUCCAAAGUAAAAUGAUAAUUCACCUGAUAGAUGUACAGCCAGCAAACAUUACACAAUUUGUGAAAAAAUCUUUGAAAGCCUGCAAACAUCAUCGCCUCCAUUCAAUUUCUCUUCCAGCUAUUGGAACAGGUUCAGCAAAACUAGAUCCCCAGAGCUCCAUCCAAGCCAUAAUGAAAGGUAUUGAAGAGUUUCUGUUGGAUCCUGUCGAACUCUUUAAACCCGCCAGCAUUUCUACAAUCAAUAUUGUUGUCUUGGAUUUGGACGUUUAUUGUGGAUAUCUUCGUUUUUUUCAAAAUUACAAGCCCAACUACUUUCAAUUCACUGUCCUUGGGAAAAAAAUAGAGCUAAUUAAAGGUGACAUCACUGACCAAGCUGUGGAUUGCAUUGUGAACCUCGCAAACCAGACCCUGAAUCAGAAAUCUGGUGUUUCUGGAGCAAUACUGUCUGCUGCUGGGAAGACAGUUGAGGAAGAAUGCAAACGCAUUGGUGAACUUAAAGAGCAUGACGCUGUCAAAACCAGCGGUGGAAACACUAAAGCUAAAAAUAUCAUGCAUAUUAUUGGACCUAAAACUGUAUCUGCCUAUGAAAAAUCUGUGCACAGAAUCCUGCAAACUUGUCAUAAUAAUGUCUACAGAAGUGUUGCGGUUCCAGCCAUGGGAACAGGCCAAAUUCUUAUUGACCCAGAAGAAUCGAUUAAGGCUAUCCUAGAAAGUACAUUCAAAUACUUAUCAGAAAUGUUACUCCCCAAUCUGGAAACAAUCUCUAUAGUUGUUAUUCAAGAGAACAUUUACAAAACCUACCUGAAGGUUUUUGUGGAGCAAUGCAGGCAAUUUGAGGAGCAACAACGCAAAGGAAAAAUUCAAAGAGCAAUUCAGGCACAAGUGAUAAUUACCUAUCCACCAACCUGGACAAACCCUGGGAUAGAAGAUUUUGAGGAGAUAUCUCUGGACACAACAUCCGAAGAAUACAGAACCAUAAAAAAAUAUUUUCUGGACACCUCAAGACAUUUAUAUAAUAAUGUGCAGAUAACCAGGAUUCAGAAUAAGAAACUGUGGCAGAGUUUCUCACUAAACAAGCAGAUGAUGGAUCAAAAAAAUCCAGGACUGGAAAAUAUACGACACCUGUACCAUGGUACAACUGUAAAUGAGAUCCACAAUAUCAGUCAUGGAGGAUUCAAUCGGAAUUAUUGUGGCAAAAAUGGUACAGUUUGUGGCUAUGGGACUUAUUUUGCUGUUAAGUCGGAAUACUCUUGCAAUGACCAAUAUUCAGCUCCAGACAAGAAUGGAUACAAGCAUGUCUUCCAGGCUGCCGUAAUUAUCGGAAGAUAUUGUAAAGGAGACCAGUCCCUCCUGGAGCCGCCAUAUAUCGAUGCACAGGCCAAAAAACAACGCUAUGAUUCUGUUGUGGACAACGUACAAAAUAUAACAUAUUUUGCUGUGUUUCAUGAUGACCAUGCAUACCCAGAAUACCUGAUCAAAUUUAAACCCUGAGCAAUGUAUAAAAUGUCUGUACUACUUCCUUUUACCCAGCCUGAAAUAUAACAUUGACCUGAAUGCAAAGCAAACCCGUGACAUCUGCAGGAGGAAAUUA